AUGGAGGCAAUUGUAAUUCCGGAUCUCGGAGACGAUGAAGAUGAUUAUCUUCCGUCACUCUCGAAGAAUUUUGGUGCAGGUUCAUCAACUUCGUCUUUACUCGAGACAGAUCCGUACGCACACCGAUCCAACCCUUCCGCUGAUGCGGUUUUCCCAAUUAAGCAAACUACUCCCACUCGUCCUGUCCUUCCUCAAGCUUCAGCGAGUUUCUCAGUCGGCAUCCCUACCCCCAAUACCAAUGCACAUGGGUUUGGACAAGCUUCCAGUUCAACAAGCGAUGAUCGUACCAGAUUUGGUAAAUUCAGCAAUGGAUCUUCUUCGUCACUCGUCGCUCCAGGAACUUCAGUCGGCUCUACGCCUGGGUUUCUAGCCGCUAGAAAAGGUUCUUUAGCAUCACUGAAAAACGCUUUUAAGUUGUCUAGUAAUGCUGCAAUCCCACCUGUUCCAGCUCUCGACACCAAAGCAUACGGUGCACCUGGAUAUCCAGCUCUACGAAAUCCUUUCUCGCGGUUUGAUUCCCCUAUCUCACCUAAAAAUGCUACUUUCAAAACUUCGUCUCGUACAGCUGGUAAGACUUCUACAUCGUCAUCGCCAGCGCAAGGUGUGGGAUAUCACAAUCCAGAUGGAAGAAAAUACUCUAUAGCUUCAUCACAUAGGUCACAGGGUGGAAGGUCAACGACUUCUCAAGGAUCAUCGAAUUUCAGGGCUGAAGAUCACCCCAUGCCAGCUCUACCUCCGAUACCACUGAGGCAGACGCCUUCAAGGAUGAACAGGACGGGGAGCGAUGCAAGUGUCUUUGGCUUCGCUUCAAGGAGAACUGGUAGUGUAGGUGGUGAAGAUGGUUCAGAUGUGUCAUUUGGGAAAACGCCAGGUGAAGAAGCUUUACGAGUCGUUUUCAGGGAUUUCAAGGAAUCCGCCAAUCAGAAAGUUGGCAGGAUCUGUGCUAGACCUCUGAAUACUCAACCUUCCCUUUCAUCGUUUCUUGACCUUGGCGUAGACCCUACUUUUGACUCCCUCAUGGAGUCAUUAGCCCAUUGCGGCACGCGUCAUGCUCGACGAGUGGUAGAUCUACUGAUGAGCUGGUCAAGGGACUAUACUGGAAAUAUCGGGGCUUCAGAAGUCAGAGCUCAUUUAGACCGAUCUCUGGGAUUGCAAAUGAGAGUAGAAGAUGCUGCGGCUAUAUUGCAAUCACGAAAAUCAUCUGCGGCAAGGUUCAUAAUGAACCGAGCGUUGAUCGAGCUGUUGAGAAUCAUACCCAAGGACUCGUUGGAUCAAGACUUGGGGAUGUCGAUAGAACAGAAUGUUUUCAACGCUUAUAGAUCAGAGAAACCAGAAGAGAUUUUGCAAUUCCCACAUAGGAAAGCUGUUUCCCAAUCGCAAAUCGAACUGUUAGGUCAACUCUCAAAAACUCGCUUCUUAACGGUCAGUGACCGAUUUAUCAGAGAAUUGUCGAAACAUGCUACUUCUUCUCAACCAACCAAAGAAGCGGAAAGUAAGAUCGAACAUCUAUUGAGAGGUAUGACACAUCUCAAACUCAGAGUUUACCCAGAGGAAGAUUUGGAGAUGUCAUCAGAAUUCAUACAGUCAUUAGCAAACUUUUUCGCAAACGCACACGGUCAAACACUCAAAAUUGCCUACGUCGAAACAUUCACCAGCCUACUACAUCCAGUCAUAGAGACUGCGACGGCGGAGGUCAACCAUCCAAUUUGGUCAAAAGCGGUAGCGGUCAUACUAGACAGAGCCAUGCUGAUGGCCCAAAAAGCAAGAUACUGGUCGACCGCUUUUCCAUUGGUAAUCAUUGCCUUAGGUGUGUCACCGAGAGAAAUUUUCAUGCAACAAUGGCAGUCCUCUACAGAUGCUAUAUUGGCCAAGUUCAAGGAUCGGAAUUUUCGACUGAUCGCAAUGGGUGCUCUCGUCCGAACGAUGUGGAUAUACCUCAACCGAUGUCCUGAAUCCUCUACUUCAAUGCGUAAACGACUGGAUCCAUUGAUGAAAAUAUUGUUUCCUUCAACAGGUUCUCUAUACCCACCUGAAAUACCCGCCGAACCAUUCAUAGCUGUCCUGCACUACGUCAUGACACGUCAUCUGGAUUUUGGAGAGGAAUUUGUCACCGAUUUUCUGAAGGGAAGGGAUCCUGUGGGAAUAUCGGAUCGAUCUACCGUACUCGUUCGAGCUAUCAACUACACACUGCGGUCUACCGAGCUCGAGAAAUCAGCCUCGUGGCCUUCUUCCCCAGAUUUUACCAAAUUUGAUAUCGAAGGAUUUGAAGCAGCGGGAGAAGCUCUAGCGCUCGAAGUUGAAUCGAAACCCGAAGUUCACGAAAUUUUGACACGAUGUGGUCCUGCCUUUGUUGACCUUCUCUUCCAGUGCGACAACUCUGUUAAGAAUCUCCUGUUAUCCAACGACUCGAUCACUCUAUCGGGGCACGCUUCGAGCAACUCAAUGGACAACGUAACGGAACAGAUCACGAUCAAGCAUGGUGACGUGUACGUGGCUUACCCCGCUCGACAUGGUCCGGCCUUACAUUUCAUGUGUGCUCUGCUUGAAUCAUUCCCUCGAUGUAUGCCUAGCGACGUAAACUUUUCUCAACUGGUGAACGUGCUUUGCCGAGCGACAUUCUCAGCCGAUCCAAACGUAUGCUAUAUCGCGGGCAAUACAUUACGUCGGAUAUGUCAAGAUCCAGAGCGAUGCUUGGUUGUAGUCAACACAUUUAGAGAGUUCGUCUUCGAAACACGACAUAUCUUUCGAGAUACCUUCAUAGGUGCAAGACUUCUUGAGAGUCAGGUUGAGAGGAUAAUACGACUUUGGCUUGAUCUCUUACAAACUCUAGUCGCUCAACAGAGAGUCGCUGAAGCUCAAGCCGUUGAUGACGACACCGAAAAAAGAUCACCACCCAUCGAGCCCUCCCAUAUCAGCAAGAUUGAAGGAUGUGCUUUGUUCUUAUUGUGCUCGUCUUCUCUGCCUUUGCGCAAACUGGCAAAUCAGAUUUUGACUGCCGCUCGGAAUUUUGAGGGACAUCAACGUCGACCUUCAGCUGCAUUCAGGUACAGCAGAUUCGCUCCCGAUAAAGCGUCUCUUACCCGUGUGCUGCAAAUCCUCGAGUACGCGGUCGACGAUUCGGAUUUGGAGUCAAUCAAAGUCCUACCUUGGAUGUCUUCAAGCGAUCGACACAGGAUUGAGUUACUUUCCAUUCCAGAUAAGACCAAGUUUCUUCAGCGUAUAGCAGAAAGCGAACAUCCAAAAGACGGCCCGCUCUGGCUCUCGAUACUCCCCUUCUUCGUAGGCAAAGUAGUCGAACAGCUUCCAGGCCCAGCAGCAGAUCUUCGACAAGUAGUAUGUCAGUUAGUACUUCGACUUCAAGCUCAUGUAGCUCUGACGGCCGGCUCGGGAGCAUUGAAAGCUACCGUAAGCAGGGGAUCAAUCACUACUCGCUCAUCGUCCGACACAGCUAUCCUUGCGGACCACUGGAGAGCAUACCUUUCGAUACUGUGUGUCACAAUGACAUCUCAAGGUCCAGCGCCACCCACUCCACCGGUGCAAAGGACAAAAGAUGUCAUCAUUUUGAAUCAGGAGAUGAUCAACACUCCUGGAUUAUUCUCUUAUCUUACAUCCAUGUUGGGAUGGGAAGAUCCGAGAUUUAAGGACGCAGCUGUAUACGCUAUGGGGUCGAUUAAUCAGAACCACCUGAGACCAUUGUCAGAAAUAUUGCUCAACGUCGUACGCAGGUUAGCAGAUGGUACGAAAGUAGGAGGUACUCCUCGAUCCGAAGGCACCUCAAGACGUACUCCAUUAACUGCUCAUGGACCUAUAUGGACGUCAGUCGCUCAUGUGUUCCGAUUGAUUUCACCUUUAUUGCUGGACGCCAAAUCUUCAUCUCAUUUGGCAAAUCUGAGCUCGAUGAUUGGGUUUGUCAAAGUCACAUACACCUUGUUAUCGGACAGAACAGUAAAGGAAGAUUUCGAACUACAGUCACUUCGAAGAUCUUUCUGUAUAACAGUGGAGAAUUUAACCAAUUCAUUGGGAAAACUAGAUGCUUCCGAUAGAUUCUUGGGUGAGGAAAUGAGAGGAGCAAUCUUCAAGCUAUGUUUCGAGUGGUGUCAUGUCGGUAGACGACCGGAUGUAGCUAAAGCACGGGAAAGUCAAACUCUACAAGCAGCAGCUGAAGGUUACAGGGGUGACAGGGAUAGAGCUCAAUACCUGGACGAUAUUCAAGCUAAAACAAAGCUACUGUCGGCUGCUGCAGCUGAAGCCAUGGCUGGAUUAUGUCAAGGGAAAUUAAUCUCGGCUUCUGAAGCCACCCCAGCUCAACAAGCUUCGGAUCAUAUUGUCGAGCCGUUAACUGUGCUCAGAUGGAUAAGGGGGAUGUUCUCGGCUUCCUCUGUUGUUCAUCAUGAGACUGGAAGACGAGCUCUUUUUGCAUUGAUAAAAUACAAUUGGGAAUGCGAAAGACUUCUUGAUGAAGUUCUGCAUCAAUCAUUCGGCGAAGGCGAACAAUUCUCUCUUGAAUCGUCAUUCUUCGGUGUAGUGGCAGAUGUUUUGUCAGAAGCUCUACUCACUCUUCCAAUCGAACAAGUGGCGUGUCUGGCUCUAUCGAAACUUGGACAUCCAGUUCCUGAUGUCAGGCAAAGGGCUUUCCAACUUACCGAAUCAUUAUACAUCGACCCGUCAUUUGUACUUCAUUCAACGGCCUUGUUGCCCGCUAUAGGCAGCUCGUCAGCAAAUGUUUACAGGGACGCUCAAAAAAGGAUGUCUUCGCAACUAGCUGCUGUGUACGCCGAUCACGCUUUCGAAUUCUUAGCGGAAUGUACUACUCGACUGAGUCAGCUUGAAGCUCCUCGUCGACAAGCUACUCUAUCAAUACUACGACCAUGGGUAGAGUUCUUGGACCUGGCUUCUGAUAUAUCUGAAUUAUCGCCAGAAGAUGCAUCUGCGGAACAUCAAGCUCUUCAAAAUCUUGUCUAUCUGGCUGUGCGAUUCGGCGAUGAUCAUAUUGACGAUGUGAAAUCUAUGCUUGUUGCUUUCGCUGAUGCCGGAUAUGGCCACCAACAAUCACCUGGACAAUCACACAAUACCAACACGACUGCUCUCGUGAAAUUUCUCUUUGAACAAGGUGGUAAAAGAAAGUCCCCAGAGUUUGUCGAUCAUGCUCAAAGAAUUAUGGCUUGUCUAGCUCAAUCGAAAGCCGGGGAUACGAUUUUCCAAGAGAUCUGCAACUUCGUCGAACCUAAUGCCAUGGCUGCUUUACCUGAAGCCGAUGUUCCACCUAGUCCAAUGUCCUCUCUAGUCAAUCUCGAUUCGCUGGUCAGUGCACCAACAAGUAGAUCCCAAACUUUCUCCACUGGACAAUUGGCACUACUUUUUGCUGGUGAACUAUUGCCACAUCGUUUGGACGAUAUUGAACUCGGAAGACGACUACCUGCACUUCUUCACGCCGCUUUGAUUCAUGCCGACCAUGCGUCAUCAGCUCUUCAUGAUCAGGCUCAAACCGUGCUUUUCCAAACUCUUCGAGCUUGGAUAUGUGACUUGUCAAAUGUCCCUACAGGUGACGCGGCUGCUAUAUGGUCAACAGCAGAACAAAAGCUGACCUCAUUGGCUCGAACUACAUCAACAGCAUUCUGGAAAGCAAACGAUACCGGGACCCCCGAAUCCGCUUUUCUGGCUCCACCGAGAAUGACCAAUCUGAUCAUGAAAAUUUUGGGUAUAUUGUUACCACUUCAACCUAGGAUCAGGCAACAAUGGGGUGAAUUAGCUUUGUCAUGGGCAACAUCAUGUCCGAUUCGUCAUUUAGCUUGUCGAUCCUUUCAGGUUUUCCGAAUACUGUCACCAAAGGUGAAUCCAAGGAUGGUAUCUGAUAUCCUAGCAAGAUUGAGUAGUACAAUAGCAUCGCCAUCGCCUGAAAUCCAAGCUUUCAAUCAAGAAGUCCUAAGAACAUUCGCUGCUAUAGUCCAAAAUCUGACAAUGUCAGAAGCUGUUUCAUACCCUCAAAUCUUCUGGUGUAGUACCGCUUGUUUGACAACACCAUACGAAAACGAAUUCACCGAAGUCAUCGAACUGCUCUCGCAUGUCCUGGAUAAAACGAACUUGUCUGAUCCAUCUGUCGUUGGUCAUCUAUUAUCCUUCCGACCACCCGAUUGGGUCGGACCAGCACCGUAUCUUCAGUCGUUACUUCUGGUGGGAUUACGAUCGUCUAAAACUGCUUUCUUGACAUUUGAUCUUAUUCGACGAUUGACUUCUGCAUCUCAAGACGAUUUAAUCGAUCCAUCUUCAGAUCGAUUACUGCAUGGUUUUAUCGCAGCCCUUCCAUGGAUGCUACAUUCUUUAGAAGUGGGUGAACCAAAUGAAGAAUUAGCUUCUAUGGCAUUGGAUUUAGCUUCAAUAGCUGAUCUUCAAGAACAUGCGUCAUUUUCAAGACUACUCACUUCUUUCGCGAGAGUUAGAUUCAGGGCUAAAGAUGACUUCAUCCGACAAGCAGCUUCUUUACUUCGAGAUUAUAUGUCUACUCAUUCAUUGGAUAUAGUAACCCUCUUACUUGGGUUCAUACUGAAUCCACAUGAUUGGAUGAGGGAAAAAUCAAUGUCUAUUCUGAAACUGGUACUACAAUCGCCUGAAGCUAGAGUACCGAUUCAAUCACACGGAUCAGAGCUCUUGAUACCCCUGUUGAGAUUGGUUUCGACAAAGCACUCUUCUCAAGCUUUAGAUGUAUUAGAUAUGCCUAUCACGUCGAUGUCAACAGAUCCAAUGAUCUCUUUGUCACCCAACAGUUCAGCAAGUGGAGAUAUAUUCGGACCGAUCGAAGAAUCCGGUUGGAGCGUACCACGUUCCAAAGAUUUAUCAUCAUUAACCAAGGAAAAUGUUCAUGCUGUGUUCAACACAUGUGCGGUCGAAACAAGAGCUGCUUCGGCUCAUUUCUCAGUGGUUCAGUUCACAGAUUUAGGCAGAGGCCUGGGAUUCGGCUUUGGUUUCGGUAAUAACGUAAACCCAUCACAACUUUCAUUGGAUCUACCUUCGCCUCCUCUAACUAGUAUUGGUAGGAAUGAUAGACCAGGAAUGGGGAUGGGGAUGGAUAAUCAAAGCAUGGGUGAUUUAGUCGGAGCAUUACACAGCUUAGGUCAAUUCUUUGAUGAAACGUUGGAAGAAAAUCAACCGGAAAGGAAUAGUCCAAAUAAUGGUUUCAGGAAUGUGUUAGAAAGAGGAAUAGGAGUAGGUCAAAGAAGAGGUAGUACUUCUGAUCAACGGGUUCAAGGAAAUGGUCAUAAGCAAACUGGAAGUGAUGUCAGUGAAAGGAGAUUGAGAGCUAUCAUGGCUCGAGGGCACCAAGCUUCAAUCUCAUCGCCGAUAUACGAGACAUCACCAUCGUAUUUGCACAGUAUGAACGGAAAUGUCGUAAAUUACAACAAGGCAUUUAUUCAUAGACCUAACAUGUCAAUGUCCAUGACCUCCGAAUCAUCAAUGACUUCUUCAAUCGACGAUAGAGAUAGAGAUAGAGACAAUAUAACCCAAAGGAUCAAUUUCAAUAACAACAAUAGCAAUAAUAAUAAUUCCUCAUAUACAACGCCGCAACGGCAAAGUCAUUCAAGAAGUAAUUCAAACCUGAACGUAUUUCAACUACCCUCAUCAUUCUCAAGAGGAAACGGAAACGGAAAUGGUCACGGACAUGGACAUGGACAUGGACCAAUGGAAAGCUUCAGUUCUUUGAGUGAUUUAGGUGAUCAAAAUGCUUUUGGAUUAGAUGAUCAUACACUCCAACAUCAAGGUGGGGGCACAGGUAUUAAUGGGAAUUCUUCAAUGGUUUCAGUCAAUUCGUUCAUGAAUAGACAAGCUAUCUGGGAGAACAAUGGUGGUGGUGGAAGAGGUGAAGAUGAACCAGUAGUCGAUCGGAACGACGAAGGAGAUAGGGAAAAAGAGCCGAGUCAACAAAAUACACCUGUUCUGUCCAGGAGGAAUAUCAGGUAG